AAAAAAACCAAAAACAAAUGGAAUCAUCACAAUUUAUUACAGCUCUGGAUUCUUUAAUCCAAACAUUUUCUUUUUCUUUUUUAUUUUUAUGUUUUUUCUCAUCAUAAUCCCCACCUUCAUCACCUACUGUCACUUCUCUCUUACUUUAUUUUUUUGUUUUCUUAUUAUUUUAAUUUUUCUUUGCACCAAGCUUCUCUCAUUUUCCCCCAACAUUUCUUUUUCUUUUUCUCCUUUUUCUCCACCUCUAAUUUACCGUUUCGGUUUUCUUUUGGCAAAGGAAUUCAAUUUUAAUAAUUCUGUCACCAGAAAGCUUCAUUUAUUUGAAUUAGUUCGUGAGUCUGGGGAGGUCAUUCACGGAAAUUCUGUUCAUUUUACGUCGGAAUUGGGUCAAUUAUUAUUGAAUUUGAGAAUCCGAAUCAGGGAUCUCUGGUGGUUUUUGUUGAAAGAAAGGAUAAUCGAAUUGAAAUGUGAUUUGAUUGGUGGGAACAGAAAUAAAGGGUUUUGGAUCCGAUCAGGGAAGUAACAGCGCCAUCAGAUGGCGCUGUUCAGACGCUUCUUUUAUCGGAAGCCGCCGGAUCGGCUUCUCGAGAUCUCCGAACGUGUCUACGUAUUUGACUGUUGCUUCUCCACGGAUGUAUUGGAAGAAGAUGAGUACAAGGUGUAUAUGGGUGGCAUUGUGGCGCAGCUACAAGACUACUUUCCUGAUGCUUCUUUCAUGGUGUUUAAUUUCAGAGAAGGGGAGAGGCGGAGCCAAAUUUCAGACAUUUUGUCCCAGUAUGACAUGACUGUUAUGGAUUACCCACGGCAAUAUGAGGGUUGUCCGCUGCUGCCUCUUGAAAUGAUUCAUCACUUCCUUCGAUCAAGUGAAAGCUGGUUGUCAUUGGAAGGGCAGCAGAAUGUCCUUUUGAUGCACUGUGAAAGAGGAGGAUGGCCCGUACUUGCUUUCAUGCUUGCUGGUCUUCUGUUAUAUCGAAAGCAGUACAAUGGUGAGCAGAAGACUCUCGAAAUGGUCUACAAGCAAGCUCCUAGGGAGCUUCUCCAGCUUUUGUCUCCUUUGAACCCGCAGCCUUCACAGUUGAGAUAUCUUCAGUAUAUUUCAAGAAGAAAUUUGAGUUCUGAUUGGCCUCCCUCAGAUACUCCUCUAUUUUUGGAUUGCCUAAUUCUUAGAGUUCUUCCGCUCUUUGAAGGGAGAAAAGGGUGCAUGCCAGUUAUACGAGUUUAUGGCCAGGACCCCAAAACACCAGCCAAUAGAAGUUCUAAGCUUCUGUUUUCAACCUCAAAGACAAAAAAACAAGUUCGUCACUUCCCACAGGAAGAGUGUGCGUUGGUGAAAAUAGAUAUUCAUUGCCGUGUUCAAGGGGAUGUGGUGCUUGAGUGCAUCAAUUUGGAUGAAGAUUUGUUACGUGAAGAGAUGAUAUUCAGAGUUAUGUUUCACACAGCGUUUGUUCGAGCAAAUAUUUUAAUGCUCAACCGUGAUGAAAUUGAUGUGUUGUGGGAUGCCAAGGACCAAUUCCCAAAGGACUUUAGAACAGAGGUACUUUUUACGGACCCUGAUGCAGUUGUUCCUCGUCUCACCAAAGUCGUGGCAAGUGAAGAUGGGAAUGAGAUAGAAAGUGCUUCACCAGAGGAAUUUUUUGAGGUGGAAGAGAUCUUCAGCAAUGCAGUUGAUGUGCUUGAAGGAAAGGUGGAUGAUGAGAGUCCUAUAGUUCACAACAACAAGCCAGAUAGUAGAGAGCAGAAAGAUGUCUGGAGGGAGGAUGUGGAUCCUCCUACAUUUCAAGAUUGUGCAUCAGAUGAUGGGAAUCACAAACAGGAUGUGAAGGUUGAUUCUAGUGUAGAUGCGGUGAAGGACAUAGCUGUGGAUGAUGUGAAUUAUAAAUUAAAUAAGAAGAUGGAUUCUGACCUAAAUGCAGUGAAAGACAUAGCUGUUGAUGAUGGAGACAUCAAGGUCAGUUCAGUGGUAUUUACCGUUGAUGUGCUGAGAGACAAAGAAACCAAGGAAGUGACAGAAGAUGUGCUUGGCAAAUUGGAAGAGAUGGAAGAUAAGGGCAAUACAGAAGACACUGUUCCACUGAAGAAUUCAGAAUCUAAGAUGACACAGCAAAGGUUAAAAACUGAUGUUUCCAAACCUAAUUCUGAGAAAGUACUGCUUGUUUCAAAAAAACAGGCUGGGCUGGGUCCAAAACCAGCUUCAGAUUCAGUUCUGGUGAAGCCAAAGAGCAAGCAACUAGAACCUCAGGGUCCUCCUGCAAGACAAGCAAAGGCAAAUGCCAUAUCUCGGUGGAUCCCUCCAAACAAAGGCUCUUAUACCAAUUCAAUGCAUGUAUCAUAUCCACCGUCAAGAUAUAAUAGUGCACCGCCUGUCCUUUCCAGUAGUGUGGCUUUGAAGGAAUCUAAUUCAAAUGCCAAUCUAAAAGGCUCUACUGGAGCUGUGAUUUCAAAGGAUGUUUCAUCUGAGCAAAGAAGUCAGAAGGCCGACCCUACUAAGCCUUCAGACUCUCCAAAGGAAAUACCUACAACUCCAAUAGUUCCAACAUCACCACCUGGUUUGCAACAAACGGUGUCUGUUCCACCUAGCCCUCCACCUCAACCUUCAUCAUCCCCACCACCUCCUCCUCCCCCACCUCCACUGAGAUCUUUGUUCUUGGUUUCCCCAUCUUUUCAGGAAAAUGCAACAACCAUACCUCCCCCACCUCCUCCCCCUCCAGUGAUAGGUAAUGCUGUUUCUAGAAUGUCUCUUGCAGCGCCACCUCCACCUCCACCUCCCCCUCCACCUUACAGAGCAGCAAAUGUACUGAGUAUUGGGAUGGUUUCACAAAGUGCACUGGCAGCUCCUCCUCCUCCCCCUCCCCCUCCCCCAUUUUCUAAAAAGCAGACUGCUGCACCGGUGUUGCCUCCUCCACCACCUUGGAAUUCUGGGUAUUCUUCAGCUUCCCCUACCAUAAUAUGUUCUCCACCUCCUCCUCCUCCACCACCCCCUCCUCCUCCUGUCAGUGCAUUAGGUACAUCAAAACUUGGUAAUGUUCCUCCUCCCCCUCCCCCUCCCCCUUCCCCAAUUCAAGGUGCUAUGGCUUCGUCUUCCAUUCGUGGAGUGCCAUCGCCCCCUCCACCCCCACCCCCUCCAUUGCGUGGAGCUCCAUCUCCACCUGCACCACCACCACCACCACCACCACCACUGCUUACUAGACAUGGAGUUGCUCCAUUCCCACCCCCACCGCCACCUCCUCCUCAGUACGGAGUCUUGCCACCUGCACCACCACCACCACCUCCUCGUCAUGGAGCUUCUCAACCACCAUCACCACCCCCACCAAUGUCUGGUGGCCCACCUCCUCCCAAAUCAGGAGCCCCUCCUCCACCCCCUCCCCCAGUGCGUGGAGUGCCACCUCUGCCUCCUCCAUUUGGAUCCCCACCCCCACCACCUCCCCCUGCUCGUGGCACACCAGCACCACCCCCACCUCCUUUACGUGGAGCUCCUCCACCUCCUGUAGGUGGAGCACCACCUCCACCGCCACCUCCUGGAGGUCGAGCUCCUGGCCCUCCACCUCCGCCUGGAACUCCUGGUGGUGCACCUCCUCCACCUCCACCCUUGGGUGCCAGAGCAGGUGACAUGAGAGGAAGAGGGCGUGGGCUCUCGCGUCCAGCAGCGGCUACAGCACCUCGGAGAUCUUCCUUAAAGCCUUUACAUUGGAGCAAGGUCACGAGGGCAAUACAAGGAAGCUUGUGGGAAGAAUUGCAAAGACAUGGAGAGCCUCAAAUUGCGCCAGAAUUUGAUGUGUCAGAACUUGAGACUCUUUUCUCUGCAGUUGUUCCUAAACCUGCUGAUUCAGGGGGUAAAUCUGGAGGGCGGCGCAAGUCAGUUGGAUCAAAAACUGACAAAGUCCACCUGAUUGACUUGAGGAGGGCCAACAACACUGAAAUUAUGCUCACUAAAGUUAAGAUGCCACUUUCUGAUAUGAUGGCUGCAGUGCUAGCGAUGGAUGAUACGGUAUUAGAUGUUGAUCAGGUGGAAAAUCUCAUAAAAUUUUGUCCAACUAAAGAGGAAAUGGAACUUCUCAAGGGCUACACUGGUGACAAGGAGAAUCUAGGGAAGUGUGAACAGUACUUCUUGGAGCUGAUGAAAGUGCCACGAGUAGAGUCAAAAUUAAGAGUGUUUUCUUUCAAGAUUCAGUUUGGCUCUCAGAUUUCUGAAUUUAAGAAGAGCUUAAACACUGUAAAUUCUGCGUGUGAUGAGGUUCGAAAUUCCAUUAAAUUGAAGGAGAUUAUGAAGAAAAUUCUCUAUCUGGGAAAUACUUUGAACCAAGGAACUGCAAGGGGUUCUGCUAUUGGAUUUAAGUUGGACAGUCUUCUAAAGCUCACAGAUACACGUGCUUCUAACAGCAAGAUGACGCUAAUGCAUUAUCUUUGCAAGGUCCUAGCUGCCAAGACGCCAGCACUUUUAGAUGUUCACCUGGAAUUUGUUAGCCUUGAGGCUGCAACUAAGAUUCAAUUAAAAUCUUUAGCAGAAGAAAUGCAAGCUAUAAUUAAGGGCUUAGAAAAGGUUAAGCAGGAGUUGGAUGCCUCUCAAAAUGACGGUCCUGUGUCCGAAGUUUUCCGGAAGACCUUGAAGGAAUUCAUUUCUGUUGCUGAAAUGGAGGUUGAAUCCGUAAAAACUCUAUAUUCUGUGGUGGGUAGAAAUGCAGAUGCACUUGCACUCUAUUUUGGUGAGGAUCCUGCCCGAUGCCCGUUUGAGCAAGUUACUGCAACACUAUUAAACUUUGUGAGGUUGUUUCGAAAAGCACAUGAAGAGAAUGUGAAGCAGGCUGAAUUGGAGAAGAAGAAAGCUGACAAGGAGGCUGAAAUGGAGAAGGCUAAGGGAAUUAACCUUACAAAGAAGGGUGCCAAAUAGUUGAGGAUCAGUUUCACUAUUUCCUACAAGGUAAUAUGCUCCUGCCUAGCAGCAGAUAUCUGUGCCAAUGAGUUUGACCGAAUGACAGGAAAUGCUGCUUUUGAGGACUGCUGAGAUGCCUCCCAUUCUCUGUUAUUGGUGCAAUUUGAAGCCUUCGGAGAUGUUGUAAAUGAGGCAAGGGGCCUUGUCCAGGCGGCUAGCAGGCCUUGAACUAUGCAUAAGGCUUCAGGACACAUUUUUGAUGGGAAGAUGUUCUAUCCCAUGAUGGUGAAUGAGCAACGAAAUUCUCCGAGUAGAUGUCAGAUGGACCAAGCUUCUAUGCAGAGUGGUUAUGAUCACAACCGAGUAGUAGAGGUUGUGAAUGCUAGUUAUCAAGGUCAGUGAUGUGGCCCUUGUAGCAUUAUUUUCGGAGGGAAUUUUGUAGUCGUGGGCCAGCAGUUGGCUAUGAUAGGUGAUUUCUUUUCAGCUUCCUCGAUUCAUUUGGAAUAGUUUUUACAGCACCUGACUGGGUGCCUGUGGGAUUGUGAAGCGGAAAGUCCCACUGUACCAUGAAAACCUGUAGUGUACAAAGCUCUAACCAUCCACUUACAGUAGAAUUCAAUUCUUUAUCUUGUAACAUAGCCACCCUUUUUUUUUUUGGUUUGCUUUUAUUUUUCUUUCCUGAGAAUUGAGAUUUUUGACAGUAGCCCAUCAUAGGAGAUGUUGUAUAGGUUGUUAGGUUUUAGAAAAAGAGAAAUUAGAGGACGGGCUCUCUUGGUGUACUUGUAAUAUAGCACCAGAAUAUAGCUGCCAAUUGUAAACCGCAUUGUUUCUUUCAUUUGAUUUGAUUCCUGAAUCAACAAGUAAUUUAUGAAAUUGUCUGUUCCCUUUCUCUC